AUGCCCGCGAUGGCCACCACCUUCCUGGACAACCCGCUGCUGAAAGUCAGUCGGCCCGUCGCCGCCUGCUCGCGCUGCCGCACUGCCAAAAUAAAAUGCGACGGCAAGCUUCCCGCCUGCUCCGCCUGUGAGAAAGUCGGCAAGGCGAGCUCCUGCUCUGGGGCUAGCGAUGAAUUCGCCAAGGGCAAGGAGCGAAGCUAUGUCGCCUCCCUCGAGGGAUACUGCGAGAAACUGGAGAAGAAAAUCGGCCUCUUGCACAACCGCCAGAACUCGUUGUCCGCCGAAGGCAAUGGCGUGGUGCGGGAGAUGUCCAUCACCUCGACCUCCUCCGAUGGACCGGUCGGUUCAGCGCAUCAUCGUGAGGUCUCCGAUAUCGAUGAUCUCGUCGGCGACUUUGGGUUCCUGUCGAUCAAUGCCACCUCUCGCGACUUCCAAGGCAUCACCUCCAAGACCAGCUUUGCGAACCUGCUCCUUUCCGUCGCUACGGUGGGAUACCCACCACCCCGCACUCCCAACCCACUGCCCGCGCGACACGAGGCCACCCCUCUCCUACAAUACUACUUUGACAAUGUGUUCGUUCAAUUACCCUUUUUCGUGGAAACAAGUUUUUGGACCUCGGUAGACGCGGUCUAUCAAUCUGCUGGUCGCUUCGCCAAACCCUUUGACCACUGGACCGUCCGCAUGGUACUCGCCAUUGCUUCGGCCUCGAUCUCCUAUCAGAAUAAUGAUAAAAGCCACCAGCGAGCUUUGGCAUUGGUGUCGGAGGCGUUGGUAUAUGCUGAAGAUGUGUUCCGCCCUGGGUCUAUCACGUGCAUUCAAGCCAUUCUGCUCCUGGCUCAGUAUGCGCUGGCAGAUCCAGGACGGUUCCGAAGUUGGUAUCUGGUGGGAAUGGCAGUGAGAGUCGCUGUCGACCUGGGUCUGCAUCAAGACCCUCCCACAGAAGUGAUGUUGAAUCCAGGCCGCCUCGAUAUUCGACGACGGGUAUUCCACUGCCUGUACUGUCUAGAUCGAGGAAUGAGUACUGCACUGAAUCAGACGUUUUCAUUUUCCGAUGCAUCCGUCAAUGUCGCCUUGCCAACGACUGAUACAUCGGUCUCGACCACCGAGCAAACUUCCAUCUUCUUGCGGAGCCCCGCCCCAGCCCUGCACGUCGUCAAGAUCCGAAGAAUCUUAUCAACAGGGUACCAAGACAUGUACUACAGUUCACGAGAACCAUCACCCCAACCCCUCACUCAAAUAUGGAGCCUCUGCUACCGAGCCCGCGAAUGGUUCCACGAGUGCCCCAAAAACGCCCCCAACCACUUCUCCCUCCUCUACCGCCUCGAACUCCUCUACACAAACAUCAUCCUCCUCUCCCCCUCCAACCGAUACCCCAUUCUCUGCGACUACAACAAAGCCCUCCUCUUCGACCGCUGUAUGGACUUCAUCGGCCAAAUCCACCAAGUACUAGAAAAUCCCAGCAACCUCCCCUUCCUCACCUUCUUGGAUAUCACCCGCGUCGAGCAAGUCGGCCACCUCUUCGUCCAAGUCCUCAUUAAAGACUUUGACUUCCUCCUCAGCCCCGCCGUGCCGAACCCCCCUGCCGUCCCAGCCGGAACACCCGACCCGCCCAUCCUCGCCGAAGAAGAUAGAAUCAACUGCCGGCCCCGCGCACUCCGUUGUCUCACGUACGUGCGCGAUCUACUGCAGUACUCGGCGCGGAAGUGGGAUCUGCGACGACCGCUGGACGAGUUUGAGCGGGAGUCUGCUCCGUUGGGGAGGAUGCUUCGAGAGGGACCGGCGAUCUAUGUAACUAAUCAGGGUCCGGCGUACUCCCAGGCACCGCUGGCGGGCACUGGGUAUUCGGGAUAUCAUUUGGGAUGA